AUGGUCCUUGGUGGUUUAGAAGGGGUUUACCUUGACCUCACGGUUAAGGAUGGCCCUGGUGGUUUAGAAGGGGUUUACCUUGACUUCACGGUUAAGGAUGACCCUGGUGGUUUAGAAGAGGUUUACCUUGACUUCACGACUGGUUAUGCUCCGAGUGCUAUCAUUACGCUAUACGACAAACACAAGACUAACGAUGUUACACGUGACAUCAUUGUAGACGACAACCUCAAGACUGACGAUGAUACAGGUGACACCAUUCUAGACGACAAACUCAAGACUGACGAUGAUACAGGUGACAUCAUUCUAGACGACAAACUCAAGACUGACGAUGAUACAGGUGACACCAUUGUAGACGGCAAACUCAAGACUGACGAUGUUACAGGUGACAUCAUUCUAGACGACAAACUCAAGACUGACGAUGAUACAGGUGACAUCAUUCUAGACGACAAACCCAAGACUGACGAUGAUACAGGUGACAUCAUUCUAGACGACAACCUCAAGACUGACGAUGAUACAGGUGACAUCAUUGUAGACGACAAACUCAAGACUGACGAUGUUACAAGUGACAUCAUUCUAGACGACAAACUCAAGACUGACGAUGAUACAGGUGACAUCAUUCUAGACGACGCACUAAUGACUGACGACGAUACAGGUGACAUCAUUCUAGACGACAAACUCAAGACUGACGAUGAUACAGGUGACAUCAUUCUAGACGACAAACUCAAGACUGACGAUGAUACAGGUGACAUCAUUCUAGACGACAAACACAAGACUGACGAUGAUACAGGUGACAUCAUUGUAGACGACAAACUCAAGACUGACGAUGAUACAAGUGACAUCAUUCUAGACGACAAACACAAGACUGACGAUGAUACAGGUGACAUCAUUCUAGACGACAAACUCAAGACUGACGACGAUACAGGUGACAUCAUUGUAGACGACAAACACAAGACUGACGAUGAUACAGGUGACACCAUUGCAGACGACAAACUCAAGACGGACGAUGAUACAAGUGACAUCAUUCUAGACGACGCACUAAUGACUGACGAUGAUACAGAUGACAUCAUUCUAGACGACAAACUCCAGACCGACGAUGAUACAGUGACAACAUUGUAUGACAUCAGGUGUCAUCAUUGUAUGACAUCGGAUGCCAUCAAUGUAUGA